AUGACUUUAGACUCCAUGAUGGCUUGUUGCCUGAGUGAGGAGGCGAAGGAGUCCAAACGAAUCAACGCUGAGAUCGAGAAACAACUCCGGCGAGACAAGAGGGAUGCAAGAAGGGAGCUGAAACUGCUUCUGCUGGGUACUGGAGAGAGCGGCAAGAGCACUUUCAUCAAGCAGAUGAGAAUAAUCCAUGGGUCAGGCUACACAGAUGAGGAUAAGAAGGGCUUCACCAAACUGGUGUACCAGAACAUCUUCACCUCAAUGCAGGCCAUGAUCCGGGCAACUGAGACACUCAAGAUCCCGUACAAGUACGAACAGAACAAGAAUAAUGCCCUGGUGGUGCGCGAGGUGGACGUGGAGAAGGUUUCCUCAUUCGAGCAGCCGUACACCAGUGCGAUAAAGAUGCUGUGGGCUGACCCUGGCAUCCAGGAGGCCUACGACCGCAGGAGAGAGUACCAGCUCUCCGACUCAACCAAAUACUAUCUAAAUGAUCUGGAUCGUAUUGCUGAACCGUUCUAUCUACCAACCCAACAGGACGUGCUUAGGGUUCGAAUCCCAACCACUGGGAUCAUAGAAUACCCUUUCGACUUGCAAAGCAUCAUUUUCAGGAUGGUGGAUGUCGGGGGUCAGAGGUCAGAGAGGAGGAAGUGGAUCCACUGCUUUGAGAACGUCACCUCCAUCAUGUUUCUGGUGGCGCUCAGCGAGUACGACCAGGUCCUGGUGGAGUCGGACAACGAGAAUCGCAUGGAGGAGAGUAAAGCUCUGUUCAGGACCAUCAUCACAUAUCCGUGGUUCCAGAACUCCUCCGUCAUCCUCUUCCUCAACAAGAAGGACCUGCUGGAGGAGAAGAUCAUGUAUUCUCACCUGGUGGACUACUUCCCAGAGUUUGAUGGCCCCCAGCGGGACGCCCAAGCGGGUCGGGAGUUCAUCUUGAAGAUGUUUGUGGACUUGAACCCAGACAGUGACAAGAUCAUCUACUCCCAUUUCACAUGCGCCACCGACACGGAGAACAUCCGCUUCGUCUUCGCCGCCGUCAAAGACACCAUCCUGCAGCUCAACCUCAAAGAAUACAACCUGGUGUGAAAAGAGAAACGGGAAGAGAGAGAGAGAGAGAGACCUGCAGCCCCCCCCCCCCCCCCCCCUCACACACACACACACACACACACACACACAAUGCAGAGUCCACUUCUAGAAACACACACACACACACGUGCAUGAAACACGCUGCUGCUUCACACUUUACUAGACCAACACUAUCCAUGUUCUUUGGUUCCAUGGUGAUCUGUUUUGUGGCUCUAAUAUUUGCUCCUCUUGUACAAACACACAUCUAACUCUCCCUCCAUGUCUCCCCCUUUCUUGGGGGUUUCUCGGUCCCCAUUCAGGGCCCGGGCAUGGCUCACAUUUACCCCUUUUUUUUUUUUUUACACGACAUUAUCACCAGUGCUUGUGUGUUCCAGGUGGGUAGAGGGCCUUCUCUGGGUAGACUACAGAUGUUAAGGAAAAAGGGCUCUCUCCCCUUCUUCUUAUUUAACCCAUGCAUGCUAAACACUACAGCAGGAGGGCAUGAGGCCCGGCUGCAGACCCCGCUCCUCUGCAAAGGGUAACUAAUUACGAUGAUAGGAAUACAUUAUCAGGCCGUGCUGGGGUGCAGUGAGGUACUUGGUUCCCCCCGGGUCUUGAAUUGUGUUUUGUUUUUUUUUCGCCCCAAAUCAGAGCCCAGAAGCUCUGUUGAAUGUAAAUAAAGUUUUCUUGCUGCUCACACAGUGAGGGCUGGAUGGAGAUGUUUCUCUGGAGACUUUUCCCGCUACUUCUUGGCGAUUUUAUUAUUACUGCUAUUGUUUUCCAAAUUAAAUUGAAGACCACUCAAAGAAAUGCAACGCUCCAUUUACACGGCGCCCUCGUGUUCAAAGUGUUACCAUGAAACGCAGAGAGAGAGACGACACUACCGGCAUUCACAUACUGUAUAUCAAAAAGACUCCUGUCACUUUGUAUCGCGUUGCCAAAUUAAAACCCACCUACUUUUUGUUUCUGUAAAUAUAAUUACGUUGCCAGUAUCCUGUUCGUCCCUUAAGUGGUUCAGAUGCUCACAAAAUGUGGAAACUGGUAUUGGCAAAAAUUAAGUGCUUAAAUAAUUAAGUGGAUCAUUCAGAUGUUGAUAACAACUCACUUUGUGUGGCGUCUCUUUAUGUCGGCUGUUGUCUGAAUCACAUGUAUUAGUACUGUAAUUUAUUUUCUAUGUUCCCUUUGAUGGUGAGAAUAAUCUUCCUGUGCACGACGUGCGAAUGAUGCCAGAUUAGUUCAGUGCAAUAGUCUGUUGUAGCCGCCAGUUCGCUUAUAUCACACGUUGGUCUCGAUCAUCCACACGGCUUCUCUGCGUAAUCUUUAUUCGGCCAACAUUUGAUAAACUUUAAUGGACAGCAAGAGUUCUUUUCUUUUUUCUACGUGUAAUUAGUGGAUGAGAUCUGCGUGUUGUCGGUGCAGUCGAUGAGACGUCCUCUUCUUUCAGCUCAAAGCUUUUCCAACCGACGAGGCAGGAGGGGAUUUUAUACUGCUGUAAAAUAUCAAAACUAUUUUAUGGACACGUGUUCUAUCUUUCUAACGAUACUUCAUAUAUUUAGUUGUUGCAGUUUCUGUUUUCAAAUGCUUGACAAUGGGGGGGGGGGGGGGGCACUGUUUCCAUGUCGGGUUUGUGCUUUAUGCAAAUAGGAAAAUGAAAACAGACAAAAAAGUUAGUGGUUGAAUAUUUAGUGUUCACGGGAUGCUUGUUUUCUUUUGUAAUCUUUAAAGGAUACGUGUUGGCUAUCGGUGCCGAUCCCAUAUCGUGUCUCUUGCCUGGUAGUUGUUUAAAUAUUCCAUUAAGCUGAACGUUGAUAGAUGGCUAUUUUUGUCUUCACAAUGUAAUUCAGGUAAGUUUUCAUAACUUUUUCAUCACAAGGGCUACUACUAGCAGCUUUGGUAGAAAUGAAAGGACUCUAUGGACGGCGUAGAGCGAAAAGGUGCAAUUAAUUAACGAGGGGCUUUGAAUCAAGAGUGUGUUGACGUCCUGUCGAGGCUGAUGGCCGCAGGUUCAGUGAGGGAGGAAUGCAGCAGUCCACAGAUGCCUACCUGACGUUCCCGAGGGGAAGUCUGUGUGGCUCUUUGUUCGCUAUCUUUUUUUUGCCUUUUUUUAGUGGAGAACGUCAAAAGAAGUGGAGUUUCCCACAUUUUAAUCUAAAUAACCAUCCUCUUACACUCAUGAAUUAUGUGCUGAUCUUCUUGGCUUUAUAAUAUUUUCCACUAUGUGGUUAUGCAUGUUUGGCCUAUCAUUGGUAGUGUUUCCAUGUUUGACUUUGGCAUUGGUUCGGAGGGGGGAGUGGAGUGCUUGGGACACUUUUGACCUUUUUUUUUUUUGUGCACAUUAAAAGAGCGGGAAGGGUCAAAUUUAAAGAAAGACAUGAUUACAGAUCCUGCCGUGCUCCCUCUGUGCAUCUUAAAGUGUUUGCCAAAAGGUUUACAAAUUUAAAAAGAUCUUUUCUACAAAAUAAAAAAAAAGCAGUCAUCUGCUGAGUUUUGGGGGGGGGGGGGGGAUUCACUCACCCUGUGUAUUACUUAACCUUCAUGUUAGCCACAUGCACCCAGUGAGAGUAAUCUUCUCUGGUGCACGUGUGUACACUGUGUACAUGAAGCCAUUCUCUUGUACGUUUAGACGCACGUAAUGAAGAAGGGACGUUUAUGCUAAGUGCCAUUCUAUGAGUUGAAACAAUACUGGAGGGGUUUGCAAAGCUCGGACUUUGACAAGUUGUUUGGACAGAUCUUGUGUUUUUCCAGCAUGUAUUUGUAGUGGGUUAAUCUUCGGUGCUUCAGGCAACAUUUAAAGGCCUUUUUCUCGAGCGGUUAGUCUCGUGUACAGGGCGACGCUUUUCACACUUCCUCGCUAACAGAACUCAUCUUGUGGGCGUCACAAUGCAACACACUUUGAAAUUUAGGAGCUUGUGUAUUUUUUACGUGGAUGAAUUAAACUAGCUGCCUGUAACGGAGUUGGAAAGGAGUAUUGUGUUUGUGCUUCACUGCUGGGAUAACAUGUCCGUUUGUGUUUUUAUAAUCCUCAGCUUGGCUUUCAGGGAGCACGCUCCUCCUGAAACCUGUGUUCUCUUGUAGAUGAGACGUUGUGCAGCGACUGGAUUUGAAUGGACUGCUAUGAGGAUGAUAAACAAAAUGAAGGUGACCAGUGUUGGCACGAUGUCGUACUCUUUAAAAUCAGUUUUCACAAGCUGACUCCGCACCUCAUGCCUUGUCUGGUUCGCCCCUCACAGCUGAGGACCAACACGACCAACGAGAGCCGAGCGGGGUCAUUUAUCUCAAAUCCGUUCCAUUGAUUUGUACUGUUUUUGUUUAAUUCUGCAUUAUAGCAGCAAAGAUUAAUCAUUUUAAUUGUCAACUAUUACAUUUAUUGACAUAUUUUGGUAAUGGAUUAAUCUGGUUGAGUAAUUUUUUUUAAGAAAAAAAAAGGAAAAGUUCCUGCUUCUGAAAUGUGAAUAUGUUUCUGGUUUCUUUGCUUCUCUGACGGUAAACUGAAUUUCUUUUGAGUCGUGGACAAAACAAGACAUUUGAGGACGUCAUCUUGGGCUUUCACCAUUUUACAGACCAAACGACUCAUGAAAAAUAACCUUUAGUUGCAGCCCUAUUCUGCAUAUAUCGUGUGCAGAAGUUUGUACGACAAUCCAGUACAAAACACUUUGCCAAACAAAAUCAAUCGGCUGCAGAAACGAUGAAAGAUUCCUCACUUUCCGUGUCCUGACCCUGAGCUCUGUGCCAAACUUUAGUUUAAUCCACUUUUACAUUACGGUGUCUUUAUUUUCCAAAUGAAGCUUGUGUGUUAAGCCUCUGUAUUACUGUAUUUAUUGAAAGAUUUUGCCAAGUGAAGGUACUGAAAUGGCCAUUAUAUAAUAUUGUGGUGGUUAUAAUCGCGGGUGAGUGAAUGAAUGCGUUUACAUGUCCGCCAUUCUCCCGCUCUUUAUUUCUCUUACUUGAUUGGACUGUGUAUUCUUUCCCUGGGUCGAAGGCACUGAAGCUGCACCACUGCGAUGGGCCUGCAUUCAUGCAACUUAGAUGUCCGUUAAAGCGCUCGUUGGUACUCUGAGGUGUGCGUGCGUGCGUGUGUGUGUGUGUAUGUGUACACUUUUGAUGGCUAUUGCUUCUGCUUGAGAUCCAUUCUGAUUAGAGGGAUGGACAUACAGUGAUAUUAAAAAGCUAUCUUUGCAUCUUUUUAUUUCUUUUGUAAGGUUGACACACCUUAACACGUGUAUUUAGGACCACUUAAGAUGACAGACUUUUUUAAAAGAGUAAAAAAUAAACUUUGUGUAGUGGUGUACAAAUUGAAAGUAAUGUAUUUUUGUUUUGAUUUCUUUUUUCUUUUUUUUUUUUUAAGUAUACCAAAUGUAAAUUAUGUACAAUGAGUGUGCCAAUCCCCUUUCUUUGUAAAGCCAGACUCUUAACAAGUGCCAAUGUUGUGAAAAAUCAAAGGGCCGGUGAAUUUCAUGGUCCAGUUUUUAAAACAAAUAAACACAUGUGAUUAAUUAACAAACAAAAAAAAAAGGACAAUUUUAUUCUAUAUUUAAGAUUACUGAUGAACUGCUGUUUUUAAGAUAAAUGUCAUUUUAAUUGCAUGUGUUUGUCAGGAUGGGGAGGGAGUGGGUGGGUGAGAUACUGUAUUCAUGCAACGCCCUCAUGAACGAGGGUCCUAAUGGUUCUUGAUUUACAGUAUUUUAGCCAUAUUUCUCUUUUUGUAUGUUUCAUUUCAACCACUGUUGCCUGAACCUCAUUCAAACAUGAAAAUGAUUUUCAUAGCCUUCUCCUUUAAAUGUUUUAAAUUGGAAUAAAAUAUGUUCCUAUACUCUC